AUGUGCCGUUUUCUAAUCUUCAAAGGUAAAGAGCCGAUCAAGCUGUCACACUUGCUUACGAGGCCUGCGCACUCCAUCAUCAACCAGUCCUUCGACAGCCGGCUGCGGCUGGACAGGAGACGGCCUAUGAACGGGGACGGGUUCGGUGUCGCUUACUACCCCCUCGACUCAGAGUUAUCUGAGGACGGGCCAUGCAUUUUCAAAGCAAUCACUCCAGCGUGGAACAACCAGAACUUGGAAACUUUGUCUGAGAAGACCAAGUCGAACCUUGUGUUUGCACAUGUGAGGGCGUCCACUUACGGUGUUCUGUCUGAGACGAACUGCCACCCAUUCACGUACCAUGACAUAUGUUUCAUGCACAACGGUGGUAUAGCGAAUUUCGCCAAGAUCAAGAGAAGACUGUUGACGCACAUUAAGGAUGAGUACUUGAAUUUGUUACAGGGGAGUACUGAUUCUGAGUGUGCGUUUGCAUUGUUCUUGGACACUCUGGAUAAAAUGGGGGUUGAUCCCAGUAAGAAGGAUGGUGGUUUUGGACAUACUGCGCUGCGGACUGCACUGCUCAACACUAUAGGGUACAUCAGAGACUGGACUAAAGAGGUUGCUGAGAGUGGUGACGCUACCGUUUCUGCAGAACCGUCGUUAUUGAAUUUCGCCGUGACUGACGGAUCGACCGUUGUUGUAUCCCGAUACAUCACUUCCAAGACGGAUGAGGCCGCAUCAUUACAUUUCAGCAGUGGGUCCAGUUUUGUCGAGUCCUCCCCUGGGGAGUACCGUAUGGAACGUCUGGACCGGAACCAGGACGUGAUCAUGGUUGCCUCGGAACCCUUGACGUUCGAGAGAGGCGACUGGACCGCAGUACCUACAAACAGCAUCCUCACCAUCAAGAAACAAACGAUACUACUGCACCCGAUAGUGGACGAGUACUACCAGAAGGACCCACUGUACCUGCGGAGCUCUACGUUGGCGGAGAACAAGGGCCUCAUGGGGACAGUCCCCCUGGCCAAAGUGGUGGAAAAGAACGUCCCACCACUGGAACGCGAGGGCCGUAUCAGACCAGCCAUCGCAGACACGAGGAAGAAGACCGCUGCUCAUCGGCUCAUCUAG